GGCCGGCUCACCCCGGUCCCGCCCCCGCAGCACAGCCCGCCCGUGGUUGAUGGUGCCACCCGCGCCCCAGAAAAGUUUAGGAAGUUGUUUUGACCUUCCUCUGCUCUUACUUCCACACUAGCUGAGGCGCAUGCAGGGGAAGGCCGACCACACCGGCCAGCCAGCAGGGAUCGUAUUGUACCUCUGCCUGGGCACUUGCAGGGAGCAGCAGGAGGUUUCAGAUCAGAAUUUGUGAAUAAAUGGGAUAGCGGCAUCCCAAAAUAUUCCUGUGACCAGACUGUGACGAUGGACAGAACACAAGGAGACUGUGCCAGUCCUGUGUCUCCAGGAGAUGCAGAGACUGGAGAAAAGGAUCCAGGACUGACUGUAUUGGGAAAAGCAUAUGAAUUCUUUCACAUUUGUGAUCUGGAAGGCAAAGGCUUCAUCACUCGUCAAGACAUGCAGAGACUGUAUCCUGAGUUACCUCUUAGCCUGGAAGAACUGGAAAAGGUUUUUGUUACAUUGGAUGCUGAUGGCAAUGGGUCACUUACCCCAAAGGAGUUCACCACCGGAUUCAGCCAGUUUCUUUUGGGGCAGAUGGCUUUAAAUAAUGAGAUGCAGCAAUCAGAAAGUGAAACAGCCUGCCUGCUUAAACGGGAAGAGAGCAUGAGUGAUGAUGAGGAUGAAGAACACCAGUUCUCAAAUCUGAUGGACCGGCUUGGAGCUAAAAAGGUUUUGGAAGAUGAGAAUGAUGUGAAACAGCUUUGGUUGCAGCUGAGAAAAGAUGAACCUCAUUUACUUUCCAAUUUUGAAGAGUUCCUGGCCAGAAUUUUUUCCCAACUCCAUGAAGCAGAUAAUGAAAAGAAUGAGUUGGAAUGUGCUCUAAAAAAGAAAAUUGCUGCUUAUGAUGAAGAAAUUCAGCAUCUCUAUGAGGAAAUGGAGCAGCAAAUCAAAAAAGAGAAAGAACAGUUUAUCUUGAAAGACACAGAGAGGUUUCAGUGCUACAGUCGAGAGCUGGAAUGCAAGCUCGUGUUGAAAGAACAAGAACUGGAACAACUGGUUCAAAAAGAGCAAAUGUUAGAGCGACAAUGUACAGAACUUCUCAGUGGCAAGCAAGAAACCAAAGUAGAGAACACCAAGCUGAAGCUGACUAAUCAGGAGCUGCUGAGAGACCUGGAGAAAACUUCUCAUGAGCUGAGUCUAGCUCAACAACAGUUACAGAUGCUACAGGAGGAAUCAUCAAGGCUACAUGAGGAAAAGGAAAUGGAGGUGUACAGGGUGACAGAAACCUUACAGCGGGAGAAGUCAGGACUUCUGAAGCAGCUGGAUUUCUUAAGGGAGAGGAACAAACAUCUCAGAGAUGAACGUGACGCAUUUUUACUGAAAUGCAAAAAAGGUGUUCCAAAAGCCAGCUGGAAGCAAAGAUCAGGGUCUGUCAUUGGGAAAUACAUAGAGGGCAAGGUAUUGCCUAACAGUGAGCCGUUUGAAGAAGAUGAUGUUUUCAGUAACUCAGCAAAGAGAAGGGGUUCUAUCGGGCUGAAUGGAUUUCUCCCUGUAGAGCCUGAUGCUGGAGCUAGUGGAGGAAUGUUUAAAGCAUCACAUCUCCAAAGAAUAAUAUCAAUUGAGGAAGAUCACCUACCUCAGUUUCUUGAGAGGCCUGUGAAUAAGCAGCUGAACAAAUGGACUGGAGAAGAUGAGAAUACUCCUUCUAAGAAGGAAAUAGAUAAGAAAAACAUAGAACAAUCUGUGGAACACACACCAUCAUCUUCCAGGGGACAACCAGUAGGGAAGGAAACACUAUCAAAUGAGGAGAGAAUAAACUCUGUCCCAGACCACUUGUUCAAGAUUAUUUUUGUUGGCAAUUCAAGUGUUGGAAAGACUUCAUUCUUAAGGCGAUUCUGUGAAGAUCGUUUUUUCCCAGGCACAGCUGCUACUGUGGGUGUGGAUUACAGUGUGAAAACAGUCACAGUAGAUAAUAGCCAGGUAGCCCUGCAACUCUGGGACACUGCUGGCCAGGAACGGUACCGCAGCGUUACCAAGCAGUUUUUCAGAAAAGCUGAUGGUGUCAUUGUGAUGUAUGAUAUAACGGCAAAAGAUACAUUCACAGCUGUCAAGCAGUGGCUCAUGAGCAUCGAGGAGGCAACUGGGGAGAAUGUACCUGUGCUUUUGUUGGGUAAUAAAACCGAUAAUGAAAAGGAACGAGAGGUCCCCAAUGGAAUGGGAGAGCAUUUAGCUAUGGAUUACAAUUUAAUUUUCUAUGAAUGCAGUGCAUGUUCUGGGCACAAUACCAAAAAGUCCAUGCUUCACUUAGCUAGGAUUUUAAAGGAUCAUGAAGAUAAAGUAAAGGAGAAAACCAUUCAGCUUCAACCUGAUACAGAUAAAAAGUCUUGCUGUACUAGGCCAUAAAAGGCUGGGACAUGUUUAGAAAAAAGUCAUACAUUUAUACUGCACUACAGUACAUCAUCAGAUUUUUCUUAUCUCCCAAAUAUCACUUUUGCUGUAUUCUGAAUAUAGGUGUAAGUGAACCUUAAAAUCUUUGUAUACUCUGAUCUUCACUUUUGCGAAGAUUGUCUUUAGUUAGUUCACAGUGUAUUUGGGCAGUGACAGACUUUUUUAUUGUUUGACAUCUAGCAUCAUUGCAUCCUGAUUUGUGAUCUGGCUCAUAGAAGCUGCUGCAAUAUUAAUAAGAAAAAAUAACUUGUCUAGGAAGAAAAACACUCAGAAUGUGAAGUAAAUUCUCACUGGCUUGGAUGACUUAUGUUCUAAAUAUUUUGUUGACUUCAGUGCAGGAUCAGAUUCUUUACAUCCUGAUUUUCUGCUGAUCUUUGCUAGAGUUUUUUUAAAUUGAAAUUGGCAGGUAGUUGGUUAUUUAAAAGCAACACACCAACAACUGUUGAGCAUAAGAAGAUAUUUUAAAAUUUAGUAUGAAAUAUACAUGAACAAGGAAUUGAAGAACUAUGGAGAUUCUCGUAAGUAGCAUUAACUGAUUCACCCUGCACAUUACUGCAUAUGGAUCAUUAAUGAAAAACCCUCCCUUGCACUUGGAUGUGCUGGAUCAGGUAUGUCAAGGCAGGUCAGUGAGGAACCAUGGAGUAUUGCCCAAGCUAUCACCAGAUAAACUGGCAUGUUUCCAUGGUGUGAGGUGGUGCAGUGCAGAAGUUUCCAGAAGUUAGUUUCUAGAGACAGCAGUCAUGGUAGUGCACUGCUAUACUCUGGCUAGUUAGCAUGGCACUCAGAGAAAAACAGCCUAAGCUUUUCAUGAUAUUUGGCGUGGCUGUAUUGCUUUGGAUUUCAGAGCUUGCUCAGGUACCUCUGCUUGGCUAUGGUUUACUCUUCACUCUGCAUGGUGUCCCUCAGAAGUCCCAGAGCUGAGGACAAGAGUCCCAAGAGUUGAGGACAACUUGAACAUUCAGGUUGGCUCACUUUCAUUAGUACUGGUGUGGCCCUAGAUAGGAAGUGUAUUUUGCUGGCACAGAUGGCUGCAAUAUAAAACAUUUUAUAGCUGACUGAGCAGUUAGUGAUCUCCAAAAGCCUGUCACAGAAGGUUUCAUGCCAGAUGUUGCUAAGGCAGAAUUUCAGAAAUAGAAGUUCCUCUUUUGAGGAAGAUUUUGAGAAACAUUCCAGCAUUUGAGAAGUAUAAAGCACAAAUCUCCCCAAAAUCCAUUGGGAUAUUGCUCAUUUUUGCAGUUUUAAGAAUUUUCCAAAAGCAUCUACUGUGCAGCAUUUUCUUUUGGUUUAAGUGUCUGCUAGCACUGGGAUACAGUGCUUGAGCAAUCAAACCCUUUUGAUAGAAACCUGCUUUAGAAAAAUCUCGUCCCGCCCUCCAUCAUAAGAAACCAACACCUCAUAAUUACUUUUGGAAACCUUUGUAGAAUAAAUGAAAUUGAGCAACUUGAGAGUGGGUUACCCAGCCAGCAUGUAAUCAGCAAUCAUUCUUGUUGGCAUUUGUCUUUACUGCAUCCAGCCAUUGUGGUAAGCAUUCAAGAACGAUUAUGCAUGAUGGUGAGCUUGUUGGAAAAAUGGAAUGUAUGCCAUAGUUUUUUUUCCUUAAAAUAUCAGAAGUAAAACUAUAGAUGUAUUAUAUGAGAAUGUUGCAGAUAGAUACAUUAUAUUUUCAAUCCAUUUUCUAAAUGUUUCAGAAAAUUUACUUUUAGCUUGAGUAAUGAAUCAAUUUGAAACUAAAGAAACUAAAGUUAAACACUAGUUCAUUAAGUAAUUCUCUUAAUUUAUUUUAGAAUAAAAACUUUCACAGUAAUUCAUUGUGCUCUUGGGAUUUUUGUCUGAUAGAAGGUAUUUAUCUAGUGCCAAGGAAUAGGAGUUUGCAGACUUUCUCCUACAGCAAUUUCUAUUCCCCUGACAGCACUCAAAUGUCCUUCUCCUCCUGAUGGGCUGGGAUCCAGCUGUGACCCCUUUCCCUAUCAAGCAGAAUAAACUGGAUUUCCCUCCUAUUAAGCAAUGAAGGAUGGACCAAGUAGCCCAGGAUGACCAAAUGCAUACUUUUUUUCUUCUCUAUCCUGAGAGUCUUCCAAGGCAGAUGAAAAACUCUUCCCUUGUUUUCAGUGAAUUACUUAACCCUCAAAAAAACAACAAAAAAGAACCUUCAUUUCUGAAUAGGAGUAGGUUUUCUGUUGGCUUCCUAGGGUUGCUUCUUGAAGUCCAUUACUGUAUGUGGAGCGAAGGUCACCAUAUCAACUAUUACACAUCAUCCAUCUUGGAAAUCUUCUGGACUUAAAUUACCUGUAUUCAGUCUUGGCUGUAGCUGAACUACUGCAAACCACUAAUUUAAACAGCAGGACAAACAGAUGUUUAUCCCAAUUUGGGUCAGCGAAGAAUUGUCAUAAAUUUAGAUGCUGUUUUUGCUAAUUGACUGCAAAUGUUCUGCUCCCCUGCAGUAGGAUGUUUUCUACACCAUUAAUACGUAGAACUUAAUUUCAACCAUACUACCACUGAUUUUAGCCCCACCCAACUCUGAAUUCAGGUCCUUAAGACUUUGCUCCCCGAAGUUCGUGGAAAUUUUGGAGGCUAUCAAAAUUUAUAGGUGAGGUGGAUUUUCUCAUGUGACACUUCUAUAGUGUCACUUUUAUCUGGACAUCUUUUAGUGUACCCAGAGUCCCUGCUAGUGGGAUAUACACAACUUGAGAGUAGACAAUGUUAAGGAUUAGCUGAAUACUUUGGAUUUCAGGACUUCAGGGAUUUCUCUUUUCUGGUCCACUACAGCCAAAUCUGCUGCAGGCUAAGAUCCAUGAGGUUCUUUCCAUUUUAAUCUGAAAAAUGUGACAGCUGCUGUUCAUUUUUUUGUAGUCCAGCCAAAAGUGAGGCUGAAUACAUAUUCCAAAGAUGCAGAUACACACACAACACUAAUGUGGUCAGCCAUACAGAUUAACACAGAGAGCAGUGCUUUUACUGCCUCUGCCGCCCCUUCCCUGCUGCCCCAAUACACACAAACAGCACCUGCAUAAACAUGAAUACAGUUAGCUCAGUCCUGUACUUCCUCUCCAGCUGGUCAGGACUGAAGUUCACUGGUGAAAACACACACAGAUAUCCUUACUCACUAGAUUCACCAGCACACCACAUCAAUGGAUCCCUUGAAUAUUGCCACAGGUUUUAAUUCUGCCACAUAUCAAUGCCUAGCCCCUUACCCAGUUGUUGGCUCAGGCUUUAGGUUUUUCUAGAUGUGGGUGUCCUACUUGGCAGCUAGUCGAGCAUGAAGUUCACUAGCAAAUUAUACUUAGCUACACGACUGAAGUUAACUAGUAAACCACACACACAACUCCUAGGACUUGCAGUACCUCCUCUCUCUCUCUCUUGCUGUUCUUUUCUCCCCAGGAUCAUGCAGAAAAUAGUUGGAAUUUAAUCAGAAGCUAGGAUACCGUGCAGUUACCAGGUGCAAGGUCAGAUAAGCUCUCUGACCAGCAGCCAGCUUGCACAUGACUGGCCCAUUUCAUUCCACCUUCUCUUGAUUUUCCCAUGCUUGUUCUUCCCCUACCUACCUUGACCCCUCCCUUUCUCUGCCUUCAUUGCCUCCCAAGAAACAACUUUCUCCUAGUUCCUUUUUCCUCAUUAGUCCCAGUUUGAUACCUCAGUACCCACAUUUUAUAUUUCUGAUAACAUUACCUAGGCCAUCUCAGCUUUACUUAGUAUUACUGAUAUGGUUACCUAGGUACUGCUGGCCUUGCAAGAUUCCACUCCUCAACACUCCCCUCCAAUUAUCUGUGAAGUUCAGCCAUCUCACACAUAACUCCCCCUUACCCGUAUGUGAAAUCUAGGUAUCCUUCACAGUGCUGUAACUUUUAUCAGUUUCUCACUCUGUUACUUAUGUUCAGUAAUUUCUCAUGUCAUAUGCAGUGGUUUCUCAUGGUCUGCUUGGUUAGGUAAACCUCAGACGAGGUUGUAGACAUGCAUCUGCACACCUUAGCAGACAACAAUUAUUUAUAGCUUAAUGCUCAUAGACGGUAGGUAUGACUAACAUGCUACUAUGUUCUACUUAUGACCAGUGUCUACUGGCCAGGUGGUCAUCAGUCAGGUGGGAAAUGUCAGCCUCCAGUGUUUCUUGGAAUUAACUGUUCCUCCAUCUUGCUAGAUUGCUGUCUUCUGACUCUUCACCAGGAUUUCAUACCUUCUCUCAAUAUUUUUCUCAGAUCCAUCAGAAAGCUAUUACUGACUCAAUAGCUGUGUAGUUUUAUUUUUCCUUUUCUUCUUUUGCACUGGCUUUAGCUUACUCUGAUCUCAGAAAAGAAAAAAGCUCUUCAACUAAGCCAAGGUCAUGCACCAUGAAACCCAGAGGUCAUGGAGAGCUGAACUCUCCUCCUUUUGAGUUACACUGAGUUUUUCUGGAGAUGCAGAUGCUAUCUUUGUGCUGGAAAUCAAAUGACUCAAAAGCUAGUAGGAAGGGGAAUGCAGAACCACAGAUGUCUUAUGCUUUCUACACUUAUUCCUAUUAUGCUCUAAGAGCACAGAAAUGUCUUCAUUUAGAAGCAACUGAAAUGCUGAUACAGGAAUCUUUGAAUACAAGUGUCUACAAUACUACAGAAUAUUUUAGCCUCAUAAUAUUGUUUUCUUUUUUCUGUUAGUGACAUGACAUACAUGCUUUAACACUUUAAAAAGUGACUUUUUCAAAUGCAUACAAAGUCUCUCACAGACCAUGAUCAAAAAUCAGGAUGGAUCACUCUGGUUUAGACCUAAAGGCUGUAGGGAAUAGAGGUGGUUCAAACUCCUCUCAGCUGCUAUGCUGUGCAGAGAACUAGUAUUUAGCUUCUGCAGUGAUCGGAGUCUCUUUCCUGUACCUUUUCUGCAACAUACUCCUGUUGAAAGCAACAAUAAUUGCAAGGAUUUUCCUAUUCCCAGAUGAACCAGAGUUCAGAGUGGCUCUCUCUCUCUCUCUGGAAAUGUCUAAUUUUCACAGGCCGGAAGAGGAAGGGAGUGGGAAAGCUGGUGGAACUCCGAUAUAUUCAAAUAGCGUGUUACGCUGACUUGAGUAUUACAGGUGGCUGCUGUGGUUUGCCUGCUUAGGCAUAGCCCUCUAUGACAUACUGUGUUGUGUCCUUGGUUUCUACAUUUUAUCUUCCAGGUUCUGUGUGAUUAGAAUUCUUUUUCUGAGCAUACAAAAUAUAGGUCUUUUGCAAAACUUUGUUACUCUGAUCUCAGAUUGUUUGCCACAGACUCUAGCUUAAUCCUCUUUUUUUGUCUUCUAAAUGAUCACAUCACAGGAUGGACAUUAUUUACUUUGUAAAAUCACAGUCUACCUGCUUCAUUAUGGCUUCAAUGUCCCUGCAGUGCUAGAAAGGAUAACAAAAAUCUUUGCCAACUCUGAUCCUGGCACAGCACAGCAAGUCUAUGAAGCAGUAAUAUGAAUGUUGCUGUAUCCAUAUAGCUAUGAAGUAGUUAACAAAGCUCAGAUACCAUCUAUUUCAAGGGAGGAGGUUACAGGGUUGGUUGGAGGUCCAUCUUCCCUGCCAGUCGUUACUCCUGUGUUUUACCUUGUACUGGCUCUAGCAUUCAUUAGAGGACCACCAUUAGACCAGAUCAUAAAUCAGUUUAAAUUACUGGUUUGGCAGAAACUCCAAAAAAAAAAAAGAGAGAGAGAGAGAGAGAGAGAGAGAGAGAGACAAAAUGUUUUCUACUGCAUUAGUGAGGUGAACUAGCACAGCAAAGUCUUACAAAUAGCAGAGCUAGUAGGAUGGCAUAGGUGGGAACACAUAGCCCAUUUUCAAUAACAGCGAGCUAUUUAAUUGGCUCAUCUGUCUUGCAAUUUCAUCUUUAGACACAGCUAAAUGGAGUUGGAUGUGAACUAAUCUACCCUGUCUCUCAAGUGAUUUUGGGGCCAAUUCUGAGCUCAGUAUUGCUGCAGCCGAAGACUAGUUUGUGAACCUCUGCCAAGGACUGAAAAGCCUCAAAAUGACCACUGUGUAGUAGCUCAGAGAUACAGCACACAAAACUGCAAUGCUCAGUGCAGUUCCCAUGUGCGUGUUAGUGCAUAGUUCUGAUUCUGCAUGGCCUUGCUUCCAGACUGUACAAGUGCAAAUGACCAGUAGGUGCAAAGCAGUUUUGGUCAAGGUCUUUUGAAUCCAAGCUAUUAAUGUUCAUCACUUGUCAUAGCAACCUUGUAUCUUAUGCAUAUAUAUUGUGAUGCAAGACAUAAAUAAUUAAUACAGCUUCUCAGUGACAGGACUUCUAUACAUAUUACGUUAAUAGAGAAACUGAUCUGCAUUAAAUUACUUGUAUGCUAGCAUAGAAACAUAGGUCAGUGAUACUGAGUUAAACUUUGUGUAUAUGCUAUAGGCACUGUAAUGUCACCUUCCACAUUGGUGAAGUGCAUUGGUGUCAUUAAAAGCGCCAGGGGGAGGCAAAACAGUGAGUUACUAAGCUCAGAGAGGAAGGUUGAAGCUCUUUCUUUUGUCAUGUCCACACCCCAUGUAGGGUUUGCUGUAGGGAGGUCGAGUGCUACUCACAUCAAGGCAAAUGGAGAACAAAUACCACAGAUGAUUUAUUAGUGCUUAUUGUUUGCUCAUCAGUGACAUGAUUCUUAGGGCUGUGUAGAACAGAGGCUAAAGUGUAUUUUUGUCAUUGCUGUAAAGACAAUGUAGCUGUGUAGAUGUAAUUAUAAGUAACUGUAAGCAAGCAAGGACUGGUCUGUCGGGAAAGGAAAUGUGUUUUAUCAGAUCAGCUGAUAGCCCAUGAAAUUUCCAUCCUUGAAAGUUUUCAUAAUUGGGCUACACAAAAUAGUUUGGGGAAAGUUCUGCUUGGAGCUGUAGAGACUUCCAAGGGUCCCUUCUAAUCAGCAUUUCCGUGAUUGUGACCAACCAACAAACCCCUACAAGGAAGAAGACCCAGAGGAGAUGGAUAAGGGCAAUGUGCUCAUGAAGCUCCAGGAAGAAUGUGGGGUGUGACUGAUCACAGCUGUUGCACAGAAAGCUGACUUUAUCUCAACAACAAAGGGCACCAGAGGGUGGCCUUUGUUUUAGAUAAACAGCUAUGGCAGUUGAGUGAAUCAACUGGUGGUAUAAAUGUUUCUCCCCGAGUUCAUCAAAAGAGUGUGAAUGUCUCUCUGAGUUAGCCAGACCAGUAUGGGGUGCAUAUGUGGCUGAGCCCAACACAGAGUAUAAAAACUGAGCAACUAAGGCUUGAGCUGGUUUCAACCCACGUAUUCCUUCCUAGUGAAUGGGGAUGCCCAGCAUUGUGACAGUAAGCAUAUUCUAGAGACCGGUAACGGGAAUCACAUUGGUAUUGUGAUUGUACUGUAUAUUGCAAUUGAUAUAAUUUGCUAACUGUAACUUACACUUGUAUUGUCACUCUGCUAAACCAAAAAUCCCAUGUAACAUCAAAUAUCUUCAAACAAGCAAAUUCUGAUAUUAAACAUUGCAUCCUCCAUGUGUGGAAUAUCUAAAAGAACCUGGCCAGAGAAUAUUGAACUCUGACAGUGAUACAGAUGGAAAAAAAAUUAGAUAAGUUUUCAGUCACACAAACCCUUCUUCAUAUCUCCUUUUUACCUAGAUUAAAGCCUAAGAGUUGGUCUCAAACCACUGCAACACCUGCAACCCAGAACUACUAAUGAAUGCUGUGAGUGGAUGGUGGGGUUUCACAGGGGUGAAUUCCUGUCCCUGUGUUAUUUAACAUUUUUCACAAUGGUCUCACCAAUGAUCAAGCUUGGAAAUGACACUUAAAGAUCACAGGAAAGGUAAAGUAAAAUUGAUGUGACUCUGGAUUUUUUUUUUUCUGAGAUGGAAUAGAAUGAAAUUGUUGCAAUGCACUAACAGUUGCAGAGCUAGUACUGGGAGAUCACUUUGUUACCUACUUUUACUUGGAAAGAUGUUGAUAAAUUCCAAGUGCUGUAUAAGAAAAUUAACAAUAUGUAAAGGAUACACCCAGCUGUUCAUAGCCCAAAAUUUACUGUUAUCAUAUGAACAUGAACUGUUGUCUCCUUGGUAUACAGAUCCUAUCUGUCACAUGUUGCUAUUUCAGCGUCACAAAACACAUAUGUUGCUUGCCUUUCUAUAGUCAUCCUAUAAGAAAGCAAGUGAAAUUGUGAGUUAUUUGUUCUAAUUCACAUACUGUGGCAGUGGUGAUGACAGCAAUUAUGGGAUAAUCAGUCAAUUAUGGAAGUAAAUAAUAGUUUGCUUUAAUAAGGCCUCAUUACCCAAUGACACUUAUUUGUCAUGCCAAUGAAUGUGAAAAAUGUGCUAGUGUUUGAUGAUACAGUAUUUCUGCUAACUGAUCAGCAUGAUAAAUUAUUGUUAACCUAAUGGAUUACAUAUGUCUUUUCUGGACUGCCAUUUCGUAUUUCUGCAGGAAUGGUUUGUGAUUAAAUUCUGUAGUGAUAUUAACCCAGGGAUCCACUUCUGGUUCCAAAGCAGUCUUGUAUUGGAAUUGCAUUUGCGUAAAUGGAAAGGGCUAGAUAAGAAAGCACACAACUAAACUGCAAAAGAGGAUGUUUUGUUUUCCAUGUGAGGAAUGAGAGUUCAGCUCAGGAUUUAUUUUGCUGACUACUGUGCUCCUGAAAGACCAUGUCUGAUGAUUCAGAGUCAUGGCUUGGAUUGUAUCCCAAACUCAUAUGUUCUGUGAGGAAGUAAGACUGUUUGGUUCUAUUUGUCAUCUCAAACUUAAGGUUUUUUUUUUUUUUUCCUGCUUCACACUCACAUCCCAGGUUUCUCCUCCAAGGUUUCUUAAAACAACGCUUCAUAUUGUUCAUAUUAUCAUAUAACUCCAAAAUUUAUUUCCACUGAAAAAUGAGAAAAAUAUCAAACAUACUACAGUGAGGGAACAGGGAAGGGAAGGGUGUCAGGGAAAUUACAUAGGUACAUGUAGAGCUUGGAGAGAAAAACAAAAUAGAACAGUGGGAGAUGACGGUAACAUUUAUGAGGUCAUUAAGAGCCUUUUCCUUUCCCUUCAGCAAUAUCUGGACCCUGGAAUAAUUUUCACCACUUACUGCACACAUCCUGGAAACUUCAUUUUUGAAGCAUUGGUGUUCUCCUUUAGCAGCCACCUAUGAACAGUAAUCUGCCUUUCUCCAUCUCAGAUAUUUAUAGCUCACAUUUUUAUCUCAUUUUUGUGUCUAUCCUCAGAAGCAGAAGCUAUCCCCAGGCAACAGUCUUGUUCUCUGCAGACAUGCUAAUGCCCUGACUCUUCUCAGUCAACAUGCUAUGCAGAAAUGCAAAUAUUCUAGGGAAUCUUUAGCUGAUAUUCACAACCUCUUUACUCUAAAUCAAUAUAUGAAAUUUAAAAUAUAUAUUUUUUUCUUUUUAAAAUGAGGUAAUUCAAAAAUAUUGUUAGACCAGAUCUAAAACUUCUGGUUUGUUUAUUUAACUGCUUUUUAAAAAAACUUAAGAAUGCUGUAAACUCAUCCUCAAAUUUUAGGAAGUUUGGAAGUGGUCUAAAAGAUUUCUUCCUCCCACUUCCCUAUAUGCUUUGUCUUGCCUUAAGAUUUGAGUUGAUAUCUGAGGAAUACUGAAAGCAAAUGUUGCAAAAAGACUAUAAACCUUCCACCUUUCCAGUUGAAACUAGCCUCUGAAUGCUUAAUGCCUAUUGAAAAAGAAGUCACCUGGCUCUGUUAUAAAUGCAAAUUAAGAGAGUGAACACACUGGCAUAAACCUACACAUUGUAGGUGUACAACCUACAACCUGAAAAUUUCUGAUAAAAUAUGUCCUCCAUGCCUUAACUCUUGCCUCCAUGGUAAGAGGACCUGAAGUUCUCUUAAUUAGUGACCCCUGAAGCUACAUUCUUUGCAAAACCUUUUGAUACAUUUGUUAAGCACCAGGUAAGAGCAGCAUUAUACACCUACACCCUGUUACAGAACAAAAUAAGGGGACAAAUUGCAGAUAGAUAGGUGAUGUAACUCAGCUGAAAGGCUGGGAUGCAAUGAAGACAGAGGAGUAUAGAACAGAGGAGUUGCUGUGAGGGGACCAAGGUGGGAACUAAUUGUGAUCUUUCACUAUCUAAUGGAGAGUUAAAUUAAAACAGAGCCAGACUCUUCUCAGAGGUGCCCAGUGAAAGGAUAAGAGGCAAUAGCCACAAGUUGCAACAAAGAAAACUCCAGUUGAACAUAAGGAAAAAAACCUGUGAAAUUGGCAUAGCGUAGGAGAACCUCGGGAAUCUCUGUUCUUGUAGAUGCUCAGAAUUUCUCUGGACAAGGCCCUGAGGAACAUGAGCAAUCUUUGAAGUUAUCCCUACUUUGAGCAGGGGCUUACACUAAAGACUUCCACAGGUUUCUCCUAUCACAAAUGAUUUUAUGAGUUUCUAUGGCAAAAGAUCCCCAGCUCUUCUGUCUUGCUGGUUCCCUACCCUUUACUUUAUUCCCCCGCCCUUUCUAUAUAAAGCAUGAGUCACUGCCUGCUGCUAAAGCAAGCUGAGAAAGCAGCUGAGCAAGGAGUUCUGUGUCCUUGACUCCACCUGAGCAAGGGAAGCAGCAGGCUCUGAUCAGCUAGAUCACUCUGGUGCCUUCCUGCUCUACCACCAUACCGCUCUCGUGCUAUUCCUGUCAUGCCUCUGUAAAAGGAAGGCAGUCUCACCAAUGAAGAGAGUUUUCUAAAGCUAAUUCUCCAUUUCUAUAACAUUUAUGGGGCUUGUAAUUUGAAAGUAAUUAUGACACUGUUGUUUUGUCUAUUAUAUGAGUGACACUGGAACGUGCUUUUGUUAAGUAAAUCUUUUUUGUUAAGCUUUAUUUAUAUAUUUUUUAAAUUUUGGCUUGCAGUACUUUGUGAUCACAAAGAACAUGCUACCAUCUGCCAAUAUGCACAGUACUUGAAGUUACUGAUUAUACAACACAGACAGAUUGUCCUUUCUGUCACAUGGAGUUUAAUCCAUAUAAAUUGAGCCACCUACAAUGUUGUCAGAAGGAGGUUGAAAUGAAAGCAUACAUAUGUAUUUUUAAUAUGAGUAGUAAGCGUUAAAUGUCAGGGUUUGAUGCAUGUUGUGCAUUAAACUAAAAGACUGACAAAUUAGUGCAGUUGCAACUUUAGGAUUAAGGUGAGAUAUUUUACAGGUAAAGAAGAGAGCGACUGAUUUGUUGUCUUCUUAAAGUGGAGACUAAUUCUUCAUUAUAUACAGUGAAUACCAUGUAUCCUUUCCAAAUUUACCAUCUGAGGGAAGAAUUAGUUUCUCAAGACAAAUCCUGUAAGAAAUUAGCUCUGAGAAGGUUCUUCAAACUAGCUCUGUAGUAAAAAUAUACUAAAAUCUUGGGUAUAUUCUGGCCCAUUUCAAACCCUUUUAAAAGGAUAAAAGUAUAAAAGGGCUCUAAAUGCCUAGUUCUGCCUACAGGAAGGUCUCAGAAUGUGCACUAUGAAAAACAGCUAUGAAACUCCUCUCUAAGAACACCUGGCAAGGGCUAGUUGGGGCUAGGAAUGAGAAGUGCAUAUGAGAAUGCAGUCACAGUAUACAGUUCUGUAGAGAUUCCAUGUACCCAUGGAAACACUGGGUGACCGUCUUAAUAAGGAAUCAGGACAUCACAGCAACUAUCUCCCUACUGCUAUAAACACUGCAAGUGUGCAGCUCUGCCUUUUACAGAAAUUAUCAGUAUCUAGCUCCCUUUGGAUGCUCCUUUGUGUUUGAAGUGACAGAACAGUCACUGAGAAGAGUUUUAAUAGUCCUCAUAUUUUAUUGUGGAAGCAUCUGCCUUAAGAUUAGAGUCAAUGCAGAAGUCAUCUGCUUCCUCUUUUCUCCAUUCCUAUAUUUGUUACUUAUCUGAGAUAAUCUUUUGCAUAAACAUUGUGGUCCAAUUUCUUUAUCAUGCUCUGUCCUCAGCUCUUGGUUCUUAUUUCAUUCUAUCCAUGGAGGAAAAAAUGAAAGCUUUUAAUUUAUGGCUGUUUCAGAGAUGAACAGUCAUUUCAUCAGUAUUUUGAUGGAAAGCUUUGAAGAUUAGUGACCUGGGUUCAGCCACGGAGUCCAUGAUAGACUUUUUUAUUGAGGCCUUGAAAAGGUUAGACUCAGCCCCUGUGGGAGUUACCAAGGCUUGCUGGAUUGUUGAGGGAAGCCUAUUAGCUGGUUGCACCUAGCCCUCAAGCUCCCUGUGUAUGUAUUUUCAUUCUAUCAUUUAGGGAUUUUAUUAUUGCUUUUUUCCCCUAGUCCCCGAGCAGCUACCACCAUGCACUAAGUGGAGGAUCUAAUGCCUGCUAUGCAUCAUUUAUUCUUCCUCUCUAUCAUAUCUAAAGUAGUGCUGAGGAGCUGUUCAGUGGUUUUGGUUAUUUCUUUGGUUUCCUUUAACAUGUAAGAAAACUGAUAUGUUUCAUGUAUACUAUAACUCUUUAAUGACAAAAUAAAUACUGUAGGAGUAAAAGACAAUCAAUAGUAGGAAAAGUAGCUCCAUUUUUACUAACCGCUAUCUUAAGGUAAGACAAAGGAGGAAUCUCUAAACUUUGUAUGAACUCACCAAUUCCUGCCUGGCAUCCCAGGAAUUCAAACUGGAUAGAACUAGCUACAAGUUGCAGAGUUCCUGGGAAAAUUCCUUUUCCUUUGUUCCCUACCUUGGAUGUAUAGCCAAUCAAGAGAGUGUUAGCUAGUAACUAUAUCAACCAGAGAAAUGUAUAUAAGUCACUCACUUAUGCUAAUCAGGGAAGCCUCUGCCUGAUCUGUGCAUUGGACAUGCUUUCCCUGUAGCUCCCAGUGUAUGUGUGUGAGAAUAAAGGCUCUCUAUAAACUAAAUUAUGACAAAGAGAGUUUUUCUAUGACAGUUCCACUAAUGCUGACCUAACAAAUCCUAUGUAUGCUGAACUCAUUGAUACUUUCACAGUCUUUGUGGUAGGUACCACCUACAAAGGCCUUGGAAACCUCAAUUUUCUUUUUGAUAACUGUGAUUUGAAGAUACUCAGCACUGCAGUAGGCACUCUGUUCCUUAUGGGAUGGAUAGAGCUGUAAAACUGUGAUAUGCUUAUGAUGGGAUGUGAAGAAUAGCAUAAGCCACUUUCCCAGAGCAGAAUGUGAUUGAAGUCUGGUGAUCAUCUCAGAACUACGCCAUUAACGAUAUUAGCAGAGACAUAAUCUUGCAGCACUGGAGUGAAUGGGCACUUGCAGCAACAAGCCAUAGUGACAACUGCAGAACAGGGACAUAUAUUUCGCUGAUGCAGAAAGGGAAGUACACAGCUUCACUGCUUAAAAUACCUCUUUGGAACUGCUAAACGAGCUGUUCUGGUCAGGUUUUCUUUGUUGUUUCUUGUCUGACGGUUUCUGUCAUACAAAAAUGGCACAUUCACAGUGCAGGCAGGCAGACCCUUGUAAAUUCUCCUUUUUUUUUCAGUGGUUUGUCCUUUUUUGUUUUUUAAACAAGCUAUUUCCCCCUCUCCCUCCCCUUCUCUACUGCUAUACUAAAGAUUCGUGCAGUUGGAAAGAGAAGUGGGUGUCAAAGUGCUGUCAAGGUAUAAGCUAAACAAGCAAAACAAGAAUCUUUCCUCUUUCAGUUUUAGUCACCUCAGUGAUUACUGGCAAAAGAGAAGAUAAAAACAAGCAUUGUUUUAAGGUUGAGGGUAUCUUUGUCUAAAUGAAAGGAACAGAGAAAAAAAUCCAGUAGAAUUCCUUACCUUGAAGUCCUAGAAUCACAGAAAUGUUGGUGGAAAGGGACUUCUGGAGGUUUUCUAGUCCAACCUACUGCUCAGAAGACAGCUGAUCUAGUUAUGAGUGAUCCCUUGAAACUGACAAUAACAUAUGAGGAAUUAGAUCCUAGUCAUUUUGUUAGGAAAGAUGUUUAUCCCCAUCCCAAACAAAUUAAAGAAAAGUGCUUUAAAAGGACUGUGAUGAACUACACUGUAAGCAAUAUACUUUGCUGCUGAAUUACAGUUUAAUUUCAUUCUCCAUAGAUAGAUACCAGGUACUAGGAUCCCUAGACCAUAAUCUUUAGACCAUAAGAAAAUGGAGGUACCAUAUAGUUUUCUAGUGAAGGGAACAGCAAUAUUAAUAGUUUUCUAGAAAGUGAAAAGCUGACAAUCUUAUACUGACAAAACAAGAACCUACAGAAAGCUUAUUGAUGAGCAGCAUUUUUAGCUCCUCACAUCUUCUAGUCUGCUUCAUUUGCAGGUAAUUACAAAGACUUUUUAGGCAAAAAGCUAGUCAGUCUCAUUCAAUACAUAAUGAGAACGUGAUUUGGUGACUAAUGCCAUGGAGACUGGAAGAUGUAUGGAUAAGGCCAGUGACGCAGUUUUUGAUGAAUUACAUAUGAUUAAAUGGUCAACAUUUAUAUAGUGAAAAAAAUUGACACAUACAUAUCAAAGAUUAUAAACAAUUAAUAUUUAAACCCUAAGCAGAAUAUAUUGAAAGAAAAACAAUUAGUAUAAAGGAACAGGGACACUACAGACAUUUUAGUAGUAUCAGAAGCCACAGACAUUUUUUAAAGACGUU